AUGAGAAUAUCAUUUUGGAAUACAAGAGGCCUAAGGAUAACAAGGGCCAAAUAUAAACUUAGAAGUUUAGUUAACAGUUUAAAUCCUACUUUAGUUAUUCUGGCAGAACCAAAGGUAAAUUAUUCUUCAGAUUUUUGUGAAAAAUUGAGACUGAAAGGAAUGCACUAUGAAGCAAUUCACAAUUCAACUGAAUCAAGAAAAGAAAAUAUCUGGAUAUUAUGGAGUGCUUCUAUAAAACCUCAAAUUCUAGUUUCAAGUACUGAGCAAUCAAUUACCGUAGAAGUUGGAAAUGUUCUUAUCACAGGUGUCCAUGCAGCAUCAUUAACAACAGAUAAAAGAACUCUAUGGAGGGAGAUGGAGGACGUAAGUUCAUUAGAUAAACCAUGGUUAACAAUUGGAGAUUUUAAUGCAGUAUUAAGAGAAGAAGAGAAAAAGGGAGGUUUAAGACCUCUAAGAAUUUCAAUGCUAGAAUUUAAUAACUGCUUGCAUAGUUGUGGUUUGAUUCAAGUAGCAAAAUCUGCAAUUCCAAAGCCAAUAAAUGUACCAUUUAGAGCUUUAAAAGUGUGGAUAAACCAUCCUGGCUUCUUAACACUAAUAAAGGAGUCAUGGAACAACAAUCUUCAAGGUAAUCCAAUCUAUAUUUUUAUGAGCAAAAUGAAAAGACUAAAAAUUGAUAUAAAGGAUUGGAAUUGGUCUGUGUUUGGUGAUGUUAACAAGAAUUUGAAGUUAGCAGAGAAGGAAGUCUUAGAUGCUAUUAUUAUUUCUGAUCAAAAUCCAGAAAUUAUCCAUCAAUUAAACAAGCUUGUCAUUGCAAGAGGGAGGUUGGAAGUUCUAGUUCAGCAUCAAAAGGAAAUAACUCAACAGAAGUCCAGAGUAAUGUGGUUAAAGGAAGGAGCAUCAAACUCUAGAUUUUUCCACAUGAAUUUAAAGUUGAGACAAUCUCAAAGUAUGAUAAUACAGCUAGAAAAUGAAGAUGGAAAUAUCAUUUCCAACCAAAGAGAUAUAGCAGAGAAUUUAGUUGCCUACUUUGAAGAUAAAUUUAAAUUUAAAGAAGUGUAUGCAUGGGAGUUUAUAGGUGAAGAUAUUACGAAUGCAAUUCAAUACUGUUGGAGGAGACAAUUUAUUCCUGCAGGGCUAAAUGCUAAUUUUCUAAAGCUCAUUCCAAAAGUAAGUAAUGCAAAUAAGGAAAAACAAUUUAGACCAAUUGGUCUAAUGAAUUUCAGUUUCAAAAUCUUCACAAAAAUGUUGGCUUCUAGAAUGGGAAAUAUAAUUCAAAAGAUAGUAUCACCUCAACAAGGAGCUUUCAUUAAGGGGAGAACAAUCCAAGAACAGAUAACAUUAGCAUCAGAAAUGAUAAAUGAAUUGGAUACCAAAAGAAGAGGAGGAAAUUUUGGUUUAAAGAUUGAUAUCACACAGGCUUAUGAUUCUCUAAGUUGGAAGUUCCUUUUUCAGGUUAUGAGCAAAUUUGGAUUUUCAGACAAAGGAAUCUAUUGGCUGCAAAUUCUUCUUACAUCAGCUAGAAUUUAUGUGCUAGUGAAUGGAGGACCAGAGGGCUAUUUCAAAGUGGAAAUAGGAUUGAGACAGGGAGAUCCUUUAUCUCCACUAUUAUUUGUAAUUGUUGAAGAUGCUCUAAGUAGAAACAUUACAAAGAAGAUUCAAAAUGGAGAACUGAAGGCAAUGGUUAACAGAAAUGGUAUUCAAUCAUCACAUAUACUAUUUGCAGAUGAUAUUUUCUUGUUCUGCAAUGAUGAGAGGAGAAAUGUCAAAAAUCUAAUGGACAUGCUCAAGGAAUAUCAAAAUGCUUCUGGACAAAUUAUCAGUUUAGAAAAAAGAAUUGGAGGGGUGGUUAGAGAUGAUGCUGGCUCUUUUGUGGCAUGCUAUGCAAAAUACAUUUUCCAGAAUGAGAGUAAUGUGGCUGAAGUUUGGGCUACUAGGGAUGGCCUUGUUCAAGACAUUACUGAUAUGAAGGAGAAAUUUGAAGAUGUUGUCUUUGUCCAUCAGUACAGAGAGUCCAAUUUUGUUGCUGAUACAUUAUCGAAGAAAGCUGCUGAUAGAGUUUUCGAGGGAGUGUGGUUUACUAGUCCACCAUAA